AUGACCUCAACGAGAGACAGCUUCUUGCAGUUUAUUGGCAAACUCCACCAGGACACAGGGGAAUCUGUUACUGAGGCCUAUCAAAUUUUAUCAAAUACACCUGAAAUUGCGAAGAUGUUCGCUGAGCAAUCACCAAAAUUUGUAGAAAUAUUCAGUAUUUUAACAGCAGGUGCAGGAAAAACGGAAACAUCUGUUCCAUUAUUUCAAAUAAUCAUCGUUCUCUUCGAAGAACUUUCAAAAAGCAGUGAUUUAUAUUUUGGACAGCUUCAUUACCUCGCAGACUCUAUAAUACGUCGUUACAUCAACGAUUUAAUAUCAUACAUGGGAAGAAAACAAGCAAAAUUGGCUCUUUCAGUGCUUAUUAACGCUGCAAAAGUUCAUCACACUCAUUGUCGUGAAAUUUUCAGAUCAUUGGACUUCUCUAACCACAUAUUCAAGUUACAGAGCAAGCCAGAGUCAGGUGCUCGCAAAGAAUACGUUCAAUUGGCCACAUUAUUCCUUGAAAAUCCAGAAAUCUCGCCAUCAUUCAUGGGAUCCAAAUUUUACUUAUCAUCUAUCUGGAAGAACCUAUCACAAGAUGAAUCAGAGACAUUACGCGCAUUUUUAACAGCAUUAAUGAAAAAUCUUGAACAAACUAACUUAUCAACGCGUUGCUGGGUAUUUUCUGAGAAGACACUUGUCAAUUUUGCACAAUUUCCAUUACAAAAAACAGCAGAUAAUUCAGAUCCAAAAUCUUUAGUUUUUGAUUUGCUCGAAAAGCUUGUUACAGGUCCAACAUCAAUUCUUCUUGAAGAUCCAUCUCGAACAUACUGUAUUUCCAUUCCAGAUAUCGAUCCUCCACCAAAGAAUUUAAAUUUCCUCGAAUUCAUUCGCAAACUCGAACCAUUCAAGCGCGAUGGUCACAGAGAAGUUGCUUGUAUGAUAUUCAAACAAUCUCCUGACCUUAUUUCACAUUAUUUCUCCAGAAUUACAAGAACAAUCUCAGAUGAGCUUACUUUGGCCAAUUUAGCGGCCAUUCACUUUGUCACAUCCGUUGUGUCCUUACCAUGGCCCGAUUUCCUUUACAAAGAUGAGAAAUUCAUUGAAGAAGGUAGAUCCAUCAAUUUAUUAUUCGAAUCAAUCCUUCCUGAGUUCAUAGACACCAAUAAGCUCAACUCCAUAUUCGUGAGCAACAAGAAUAUCCUUGUUACAAAAGCUUAUUUAGUAUUAUUAAUUUCAUCCGUUAGAAAAUUCAAACAAUUACCAUUUUUCCUUAAGACAAGUACAAGCUACAACAAAUUGUCAUCAAGGUUACCCCCUCUAGACAUACUUUUUAACUCAAAAAGUGACUUAAUUAAAUCAUUAACCAUAAAACUUUUGUUUGAGAUCGACAACGCCAUUCCUUUCUACUUGCAAGACAACCAAUCGAGACUCCCCAAGCUCCUCAAGAGUAUAAUGUCUCAAUCUCCUUUGAUACAGCUCCAAUUAAUCAAAGUUUCAUCACUUUUGCAAAAACCCGUAUCAAAUUUGACACUUUUAUCCGAAAUUGUGUUAAAUGACAGUGUUCUGAUUGAUAUCCGCAAAGAAGCACUCAACCAGAUGAUCAAGAUUGUCACUAACUCAGGAGUUUUGGACAAUAACGAAUCGGAAGCAAAAAUCUGGGUUUCUUUCUCCCUCAAAAACAAAAUUGUCAAAGAACUCCAGGACAAAAUCAACCUCGUGGCCUCAAAACCUCAUCAAUUCGCUGACGGUGGAAAUGCGUCACUUUUGUGUAACGGCGCGGUUGGUUCUCAAAUUGAAAACUGCCUUCCAAUCAUCCAGAAAGUCCAUAACUUCGAUGAUAUCAAAAGUUUGGUCUCAGAAAGAAAGACGAUAAGUGUCAAACCGCCAAACGAUAACAUUUUAACAUUGUUAGAAACAUUCAAAUGGUAUUCCAUUCCAGAAUGCUUUGUUAAUUUGACUCGUUUCGAACCAGAUAAUGUUUUAUGUUCUAUUUUGUCAGUUUUUGUUAUUUUGUGUCCUCAGUUGACGGUUAUGUCACUUUUUGAGUCACCAUUACGAGAAAAAGUUUUUUGUGGCAAUGAUGAUUUAGACAAAUUAUUUGGACUUGCCAUCGAAAUUAAUGGCAAAAUUGAUGAUGAUUUGACAAUAAAAUUCCUUGAAGGAACAUCUAGCCAAGAGAAUGUGAAGAGAAUCGCUCCUUUCGUUGAUAAAAAGUUCACAGGAAAUUUAAUCGGAAAGUUACUUAAAUCUAAGUUACCAAUCCGACCAAUUAUAGCCUCUCAAAAUAUUCAAUGUGAUCUCUCAAAAUUUGAUGGAUUCUGGAAAUGGAUAUUUGAAGAUUUCCAAGCUGUUGACAUUGAUCUCCUCAAUCUUUCACCAAAGAAAUAUCUACAUCUCAUCAAAGAUGAAGAUUUAAUGAAAGAUAUUUUGAGAACGGUUUAUUUGACAAACAAAACUGACAUUUUAUCAAAACUUAAGAUCAGAGACACAUCUGAUGACAAACUUCUUGGAUUGAUUGCUCAUUUCUACGAAGACAUAAGUUUGCCAGCUGAUUCUUUACCUGUUAUUUAUGUCAGAGGAUUACAGAUUCCAAAUUUAGUUGAAACAUUUGAGAAAUCGAGAUACGAGUGGAGCACUGAGUUUUUGAUCAGAAAAAUCUCUGAACAAUUAUUUAAAGAAGAGAUUAAAAGAAUGAGACACGAAAAGACAUCAAUUGUUUUGAAGAUUUUCAUGGAAGAUUACAAUAAAACAAUUGAAAAAACAUUUUAUCACGCAUUAUUAUCAUUUAUAACAAAACAUCCUGAUUCUGUAACUAAAAUUCCAACAGAAGUCAUUGAUUUAUACACUUCUGCUGCUGAGAAACUCCUCAAUCCAGAAAUCUUGCUUUCUUUCAACGAAAACGAACUAAAAGGUGUCUGUAACAUCUUAAAUGGAGCUGAUGUUAAUGUAAGUUUACGUGUCAUAUUAUAUUUGUCAGUUUUUCUUAGUGAAGAUGACACUUUUUAUUCGUUAGUUGAAGUACAAAACAUUUCUCCUGAUAAAUUUAUGUUUGUUACGGGCGAAACCGCCAAAACAGUUAUCCAACAAAUAGAAAACGGUCAAACAAUAUUGACAAACAAUUUAAGUCGGAAUGUAUCAUAUUUACAGCCUUUCCACAUGAGUCAUCAAAUUAAUUUGGAUACUCCGAGAUUUAGAUUUUUAAUUUACUUCGCAAAUUAUAUUUUGGAAGAAAAGAUUGUUAAUGUUGAACAUUUCAUGGAAUGCGGUGCUAUUUCUAUUUGUUUAAGAGGUCUUUCUUCAAACGAAGUUUAUAUUAGAGAGUUAAGUUACGAAACAUUAAGUUUGUUGUAUCAUUUGAAUUCAGAACAAAAUUGGUCGAAGCAGUCUACUGUCAGAAGUUUCUUAGAAAGUUUGAUCAACUCAUUGGUCGAAGAGAAUCAGAGGUUCUGUCAUUUGGCGACACAUUUCUUCGCUCAUUUCAGUUCUGUUUUGAUGAAACCAGGACAUAAUUUGUACAUGAGAGUUGUUAAAUAUAUCUGUGAUACUCCUGCAUUCAGAUACAACCAAAUUCCUCUUUUCGAGAAUGUUUUUUCGAAGCCAAACGUUAACUACAGGAAUGAAAGAAACUAUGUCUUGAAAGUUCUUAUGUCAGGAAUUAAAGAAGAACAAGAUUUCCCGAUGCUUUUGAAGAACAACGCGCUCGAGAGAUUGAUGGAUUUGUAUUCAAGUACUUUGAGUGAUAUGAACACAAGGAAACAGAUAAUUGAUAUACUUACAAAAGUUGUAGCAAUUGGAAGAGUUGAUGGAUUACUUGGAUGGAUUUAUUCCGUUGUUGAUGAAUCAUUUUCAACACCCCAUUUGUCUAAUUUGAUAAAACUUGCAUUUAAGACAACAAAAAGGAAUGAAAAUGACAACAAAUUCCUUAAAAUGUUAUCACAGAAUGCAGUGAAUAACAAAUUAAUCUUUGAUAGUUGUGAUGAUGAAGACAAAGAAAAUAUCAAAUCUUUCUUGGAUCAAGAAAUUUGA